CUCUCCUCUUCUUCUUCUUCUUCUUCUUCUUUCUCCUCUCUCUCUCUGGUGUGUGUGUGUGUGAUCGAGUGGUGAAAACGAGAGAGAGAGAGACGUCGUUUCAUUGAAGGAGAGAUGUCAGGUCUCGAAGAUAUCAAGAACGAGACCGUUGAUCUGGAAAAAAUUCCGAUUGAGGAAGUUUUCCAGCAGCUAAAAUGUACGAGGGAAGGGUUGACGACGCAGGAAGGGGAAGACAGGAUUCAGAUUUUUGGCCCCAACAAGCUCGAAGAGAAGAAGGAAAGCAAAAUUCUGAAGUUUCUGGGGUUCAUGUGGAAUCCGCUUUCAUGGGUCAUGGAAGCUGCUGCUAUCAUGGCCAUUGCUUUGGCCAAUGGUGAUGGUAGACCUCCGGAUUGGCAAGAUUUUGUGGGUAUCAUCUGUCUGCUUGUCAUCAACUCCACAAUCAGUUUCAUUGAAGAAAACAAUGCCGGAAAUGCCGCAGCUGCUCUCAUGGCUGGUCUUGCUCCUAAAACCAAGGUUCUUAGGGAUGGAAAAUGGAGUGAACAAGAAGCUGCCAUUCUUGUCCCUGGUGAUAUUGUUAGCAUUAAACUUGGAGACAUUAUCCCAGCUGAUGCCCGUCUUCUUGAAGGAGAUCCUUUAAAGGUUGAUCAGUCUGCUCUAACUGGAGAGUCCCUUCCUGUGACCAAGCACCCUGGUCAAGAAGUUUUCUCUGGUUCAACUUGUAAACAAGGAGAAAUCGAAGCGGUUGUCAUAGCCACAGGAGUUCACACCUUCUUUGGUAAAGCUGCUCACCUUGUGGACAGCACUAACCAAGUUGGGCACUUCCAGAAAGUUCUUACAUCCAUUGGAAACUUCUGUAUCUGUUCUAUUGCUAUCGGUAUCGUGAUUGAAAUAAUUGUCAUGUACCCUAUCCAACGCCGAAAGUACAGAGAUGGAAUUGACAAUCUCUUAGUCCUCUUGAUCGGUGGUAUCCCCAUUGCUAUGCCCACGGUCUUGUCUGUGACUAUGGCUAUCGGGUCUCACAGGUUGUCUCAGCAGGGUGCCAUCACCAAACGUAUGACAGCCAUUGAAGAAAUGGCUGGUAUGGAUGUCCUGUGCAGUGACAAAACCGGGACACUAACCCUCAAUAAAUUGAGUGUGGAUAAAAACUUGGUUGAGGUUUUCUGCAAGGGUGUGGAGAAAGAUCAGGUUCUACUAUUUGCAGCUAUGGCUUCUAGGGUGGAGAACCAGGAUGCUAUUGAUGCAGCCAUGGUUGGAAUGCUUGCUGAUCCUAAGGAGGCCCGAGCUGGAAUCAGGGAGGUUCACUUCCUUCCAUUCAACCCUGUGGACAAGAGAACUGCUUUGACUUACAUCGACUCUGAUGGUAACUGGCACAGAGUCAGCAAAGGUGCUCCCGAGCAGAUCCUUGACCUUGCCAAUGCCAGGCCUGACCUUAGGAAGAAGGUACUCUCUUGUAUUGACAAGUAUGCCGAGCGCGGUCUUAGGUCACUGGCAGUUGCUCGUCAGGUGGUCCCCGAGAAAACAAAAGAAAGCCCAGGUGGACCAUGGGAAUUUGUUGGCUUGUUGCCUCUUUUUGACCCUCCAAGACACGACAGUGCCGAAACCAUUCGCAGGGCGUUGAAUCUUGGUGUCAAUGUUAAGAUGAUCACUGGUGAUCAACUUGCUAUUGGUAAGGAAACUGGUCGUAGGCUUGGAAUGGGAACCAAUAUGUACCCAUCUGCUGCUCUUCUCGGUACUGACAAGGACUCGAACAUUGCAUCCAUUCCUGUUGAGGAGUUGAUUGAGAAGGCUGAUGGGUUUGCCGGCGUCUUUCCAGGUUAUAACUUGCUUUCAGUUUUAAACCUUAAUCAUAUGUUCAUUGUAAAAGUUUGUUAUAUUGAUCCAAGCUUCUUAUGUUUUCUGAUUGCAGAGCACAAAUAUGAAAUUGUGAAAAAGCUGCAGGAGAGGAAGCACAUUGUUGGCAUGACGGGUGAUGGUGUCAACGAUGCUCCCGCAUUGAAGAAAGCGGAUAUUGGUAUUGCUGUGGCUGAUGCUACAGAUGCUGCUCGUGGUGCUUCAGAUAUUGUUCUCACGGAACCUGGACUGAGUGUCAUCAUUAGUGCAGUGCUCACUAGCAGAGCCAUCUUCCAACGAAUGAAGAAUUACACAAUCUAUGCAGUCUCAAUCACAAUCCGUAUAGUGUUUGGUUUCAUGCUUAUUGCUUUGAUAUGGGAAUUUGACUUCUCAGCGUUCAUGGUUCUGAUCAUUGCCAUCCUUAAUGACGGUACUAUUAUGACAAUAUCAAAGGACAGAGUCAAGCCAUCUCCAACACCUGAUAGCUGGAAGCUGAAAGAAAUUUUCGCCACCGGAAUUGUGCUGGGAGGUUACCAAGCCAUAAUGAGUGUUAUUUUCUUCUGGGCUGCUCACAAGACCGACUUUUUCUCGGACAAGUUUGGAGUGAGGUCAAUCAGGGACAAUAACGAUGAACUAAUGGGUGCUGUGUAUCUACAAGUUAGUAUCAUCAGUCAAGCUCUAAUCUUUGUCACCAGGUCUAGGAGUUGGUCAUUUGUGGAACGUCCUGGGGCGCUUCUGAUGAUUGCAUUCGUCAUUGCACAACUGGUUGCGACAUUGAUUGCUGUUUAUGCCGACUGGACAUUUGCAAAGGUGAAGGGUAUCGGCUGGGGAUGGGCUGGUGUGAUAUGGAUUUACAGUAUCGUAACAUACUUCCCACAGGACCUUUUGAAGUUUGCCAUUCGAUACAUCUUGAGUGGAAAGGCUUGGACCAGCUUGUUUGACAACAGGACCGCUUUCACGACCAAGAAAGAUUACGGUAUUGGAGAAAGAGAAGCUCAGUGGGCACUUGCUCAAAGGACAUUGCAUGGUCUGCAGCCAAAAGAAGACGUUAACAUCUUCCCAGAGAAAGGAAGCUACAGAGAGUUGUCUGAGAUCGCAGAGCAAGCCAAGAGAAGGGCCGAGAUAGCUAGGCUUAGGGAGCUUCACACACUAAAGGGACAUGUGGAAUCAGUGGCAAAGCUAAAGGGAUUGGACAUUGAUACCGCAGGACAUCACUACACUGUGUAGUUGCAGUUGCACAACACAAACACUACUACUACCAACCCAACCUCACCAUGACUCCUCUUUUGUUUUGUCUUCUUCACAAAUAUCUCUUUUAAUGUCAUUACAGUAGAGGGAAGAGAACUCUUGUGUAUUUGCCAUAACUCUUCCAAAACUCUUUUUUUCUUUUUAUUGUUAGUCAUAUUGUUCUUAAACUUGUACUACUCGAUCUGAGCUUUGAAAAUUUGCCUUUGAAGAAACAAGGCCUUUGCCUACAACCCUUAUUUCUUUUUUA